GAAGAAGACAGGAGGCACGUCCAGAUUCCAAACAGAUUCCCGUUGGAGAGUCAGAAAGAUUUCUGAUUUUUAGUUUUUAAUCAAUCAAAUAUCGGACUAAUCUGUUCUUUUUGGCACGAUGGGCACCAGAGAUGAUGAGUACGACUAUCUGUUCAAAGUGGUCCUCAUCGGAGACUCGGGCGUCGGGAAGAGCAACCUGCUGUCCCGCUUCACCCGGAACGAGUUCAACCUGGAGAGUAAGAGCACCAUCGGGGUGGAGUUCGCGACACGCAGCAUCCAGGUGGACGGCAAGACGGUGAAGGCCCAGAUCUGGGACACGGCGGGCCAGGAGCGCUACCGGGCCAUCACGUCAGCGUAUUACCGCGGCGCGGUGGGGGCGCUGCUGGUCUACGACAUCGCCAAGCACCUGACCUAUGAGAACGUGGAGCGCUGGCUGAAGGAGCUGCGGGAUCACGCCGACAGCAACAUCGUCAUCAUGCUGGUGGGCAACAAGAGCGACCUGCGCCACCUGCGCGCCGUGCCCACCGACGAGGCCCGCGCCUUCGCCGAGAAAAACGGUUUGUCCUUUCUGGAGACGUCGGCGCUGGACUCCACCAACGUGGAGACGGCCUUCCAGACCAUCCUGACGGAGAUCUACCGGAUCGUCUCCCAGAAGCAAAUGUCGGAGCGCCAGGAGAGCGACAUGUCGCCUAGCAACAACGUGGUCAACAUCCAGGUGCAGCCCACUGAGAACAAACCAAAGAUGCAGUGCUGUCAGAACAUCUAGCCCGGCCGUGGACCCGCUGCUGCCCCACCCUUUGACCCCGUGACCCCUGACCCCCCACCGUCCCAAACAGACUGCCUGAUCGAGACGCAGAUUUAAUCCUGCGACCUGAACUCUUCCUGACCCCUGACCCCUGACCCCUCCCCCUGUAGGCUUCUGCAGGACGGCAGGCGCAUUUCAUAUCACUUUAGAUUUCAUUACUGUAGAUGCGCUGACAUGUCACUGAAAUGUCUUAAAAUAUGAAUGUGAUUCUUUUCCUCGUCUCCUUCCUUCAUGUAAUCACCGUAAAGCACAUCGUAUCUCAGCUUUUAAGCCCCGCCCCCUUCCUCCUCUUUAGUGCAAUGUACUGUGGAGGCGGCGCCGCGCGGUCCGAUCGGGAACGCCGCAUCGCGCCGCAUCACUAAUUAAUCCGUCACGUUUUUCCGACUAUGCAGAGCCGAGCGCUUCUGGAAAAAUGAAGGACUGAAACGCUAAUCUUUUUCCCGGAUGACAUUCCUGUGCAGCUAACUCUGCGUGGCGUUUUCCCAGAAUCCAUGGCAGCAGGAGAGAGAGGAGCCGGGCGAUCACUGAUUCCUAACAACACGCUCUUCUAGCUGAAGUUAGAUUUCCUGCACAUCCAGAACUAGAACCACAUGAGGCGGGCGGAUCCAUGCAGCUGGGCCCCCCGCCUCGUGGCCCCCCCCGCCCGGUCACAUGACGCCUACGUUACACCGAGCUGCCUCUGAUUCGACACGAUGCAUGGCUUUCUGUCGUUCGCCUUACAUAGCCGACAUUCUCAUUCCUCCUUCUGGAAGAAGGUUCUGGUGGGCAGCGCCAACAGGGUCGGUCCGGUCCGGCUCAAACCCUGAGUGUGUGUUGUGCUGGCAGUUUGAACCCAGGAGUGUGUGUGUUUGGUAGAGGGCAGCUCUGGACCAACUGAUUCCUUUUCUCUGAGUUCUGGUCCUGAUCGUGUUCACAUUGGUUCUGUUGUUGUUGUUUUUUUAAACCUGUGUUGACUUUUUUUUUUUUACUAUAUUGAAUCCUGUAACUGACUGUAAUUUCAGUGAAAACACCAGAAUGAAAUGAUGUCAUUUCAAGCAAGUGUGACGGCGAAGCGUGGGCUCGACUCGAAUGGUUUUAUGUUUUGUACAGACCAACGAAUUGUACAAUUGUGUCUAUAUAAGUUAUCAGUUUAU